CUUUCUGGCUAACGUUGUGCCCCAAUGCUCGGCUACCUGGCAGCGGCUGCUCUAUGUCUAGCAGCGGUGUUGCUCAUGCGGCUGGAUCACUUGCCGCUCGUUGAUAUUCCUGGGCUGGGUUAUAUUUUCCCCCAGCAAUGCGAGCUCAGCGAAGGGAGACUGAUGAGCAAAGAAGAGCUGUCCGUCUAUGAUGGGGGUCCUGGGAGCUCUGGCAUUUACCUUGCUAUUUUAGGGCAGGUUUUUGAUGUUCAUAAGGGGAGCAAGCACUAUGGCCCGGGGGGCUCAUACAGCUUUUUUGCAGGUAAAGAUGCCUCUCGAGCUUACAUGACUGGUGACUUCACCGAAAAGGGUCUUGUAGAUGAUGUGACAGAGCUGUCACCUUUGCAAAUGCUACAUCUUCAUAACUGGCUUUCCUUCUAUCAGCAGAAUUAUAUUACAAUAGGCAAGUUGACAGGAAGAUUUUAUGAUGAAAGUGGAAACCCAACAAAAGCUCUAGAGGAUGCCUUGAAAGUAAUUGAUAUUGGCUUAAAGUUAAAGGAAGAGAGAGAGGAGGAGAACAAGCAAUUUCCACCGUGUAAUUCUGAAUGGAGCUCUGAAAGUAAAAGAGUUUGGUGUUCUAAAAACAGUGGGGGAAUACAACGGGACUGGGUUGGUGUCCCCAGGAAGAUGUAUACAGCAGGCACCAAUGGCUACCGCUGUGUGUGUGUGAGGAAUUUUGGUCCUCCAUCAGAGCAGCCAGACUCUACGGAACACAAUGAUCGAGGGGAUCUGGACAAUCCCAUGCUACAUGAAUAUGAGGACUGUAACCCCCUUUUUGAGUGGUGUUUCUUGAAGAAUGGGACUUAAUUAUUUUAAGAGCUGGAAUAUAUUUUUUCACAUAUCUGCACUCAGUGGUCAAGAGGACACUAUAUUUUUUUUUUCUUUAAAUCUCUACAUACAUAUAAAGCCUUGUUAUUUUUUCUGUUAUGUAACUGUAUUCUUUUGUGUUGUACAGGAUUUAUGUUCUGUAAUGCCUGGGACCUGGGCUUUCCUAGUUAGAAUAAAAAAUUGUUACAAGC